AUGAUCAGGGUGUGGUUUAAGUUCGUGGAUCGCCAAGGUGGCCUGGUAGCCUCGCUGAGAUACGUGGAUCUAGCGCAAGAUGCGCCGCUUGUCAUUUUCAAGAAUGCUGCUUGUAGCGCUACGGAAGCUUUACUCCCCCCAGGGCUCGACGCACCCGACCUGAAAGUGUUUGCCAACGCGAAGGCGCGACAAGACCAAACGCUUUUGGAGGAGCUGAACGGGUUUGGACAGAAUUAUGCAGAGCCGCUUAUCGUGGAGGUGCCUGAGGUUUGGUUCAAGCUGACGAAUGCUCGAACUGGCGAUUUAUUCCCAGGCACACGGCCAAGCUCGGUCCCCAUCCCGGAGACUGCGACCGUCGAGCGUCUACUGGUUGCUCUGAAGAAGAGAUUCAACGACAAUUACCUCGAUGGAAUUGAUGUGUUCAAUCUCCAAGUAUACGACCACGAGAAGAGCCCGCUGGAGGAGAACGUGCAGCUUGGUCCGUUCGGUCUCACAAGGAGCACGGCGAUCAUCGUGGAAGUUCCAGUGCGCACAAGAUUGCGAGAGAGUACAGAGGGCGAACUUGAUGAGAACCCGACAAAACGGCGCAAAGGCGUUGCUGGUACCAAGUGGAAAUGGAAAGAAGAGCAGCCAGUCUAUUGUGUUGAAGGAGGCAGACUGUUUUUCGUUGGCCGUGACAGCACCACUCAAGAGCUUGUACGCCUUCACAAAAGCAAUUACAAUCGUGCAAAGCGUGGUUACGGCAACAUGUGGAUGAUCCCUUUGUUGGACAACAUAUCUGGACUCGGAAAGUCCCAGUUCGCCCAGGAAUACAUUCGGACCUGCCGACGGCAAUGGGAUGGUUUGCCAGCAUCGGACAAAGAUGGAGAUUUUCUGAACAUUCUUCGGCAGAGCCACACCAUUACAGUCAAGCUUUCUCCCACGGAUCUGUUUCAUGAAGACAUGAGUUUUGGCAGGGAGAAGGCUCGCGCGACCUUCGUCAUGUCCAUUCGUGCGUUCUUCCAGGAGAACUAUGGCACCAUACCUCGUGCUCUCGAUUCGAUUGAAGCAAACCUAGAUCACGUGGAUAUUUUGAUGCCGUUAGCGAUCGAAGUUGGUCCGUUGUUCAUCGUGAUUGAUGAUAUUGCUUCGGCUUUUGACGCCUCCACCCUUGAUGCUCUCGCCAAGGAAAAUCGAUUCAUGGAGUUCUGCAAAAUGGUUUUGCGGCCACUGUUUUGUGUCAAACAUUUAUUUUUCCUGAUUGCUGGAUGCGCGCCCUUCCUCAAUUAUCUUGCUUCGAGUGGAGGUUAUUUUAUGUUCGACGACUGA